GAGGAAGACUUUCAGAGUUUCAUAAAACAUAAAACCGACAACAAAGGAUUUGCUUGAUGUUUAUCAACAUUUCCCGGACAAAAAUUGCAUUUCUCCAAUGAUCGCCAAAAUAGCUCCAAAUGUUAUGUAGUUAAAUAUGCAUCAAAGAAACUAGUUAUCAAAACUUAAUUUUGGUCACACCUUUUGAACUAUAAAUGGCCGCAGUGAAGUGUAUGCUAUUGGUGCUGUUUGCAGGAACACUACAGUCAGCGUUCUGCCAAUGUAAUGAUACUUCACUGGUUAUAAAAGAAGGGAACGGCAAAUUUAUGUCUCCAAAUUAUCGAAACGAAUACGGAAAAUCAGCUUCAUGCAUGUGGGAGUUCCAGCCUCCGACAGAUGGAAAGGAUUACAGUCUCAGUCUGGCGAUUGUUUAUCAAAGACUCUAUUUUGUUGUCGGAUCAGAUGUCGGGAAAGAUUGUUCCGGAAAUUAUUCGCUUUACAUAAACAAUGAAAAACAAGACUGCCAAAGAUACAUUGGCUUCCCGAAUCAAUACGUUACAUUGAUGUUCUAUGAUUCUAACUCAUGUGGCGCUGGAUCUCCCCAUCAAUCACUAUCUUCUGGCGUUACAGUCCGAUAUAAUUCUAAAGGAUUGUUGUCGAGUUCGGAUCAAUUCAGUAUGGGUUUCGAAAUCCAAUACAAAUUUACCGAAUGUAUUAAAGUGGCAACAAUAAAAAAUGAAGUGGGAAAUGUAUCUUCAUACAUCAAUUUUGCGCGGACAAAAGCAGCGACCGAUACAUCACUCACUGAGUUGUCAGAAGUGGCAACAAUAACAAACGAAGUGGGAAAUGUAUCUACAUCCAUCAAUUCUGCGUGGACAAAAGCAACGACCGAUACAUCACUCACAGAGUUGACAGAAAGAACAGUCAACACAAAUACUGAAACGACCCCAAGCCCAAGCGGAAUGAGUCAAACAACUCUAAUACUUCUUCUCCUUUUCAUACUUAUCGGUGUUUCACUCAUGGUCGUUGCUGGAAUUGUAUUCUACAGGAAAAGACGUUUACAACUCGGAGCAAAUGCCGAUACAGCACAAGGGACAGUUCCUAACUCAACUGAAAUGAGAAACGCUAUUCCUGCAAAACAAAACGUGACUUCGGGUGCAGAUGGUUACGAAGAAGUUCAAGCUGGGCCAUCUGGUAAAUAUGAAGCGGUGCAACCAGCAACUAUUGGAUACGAGAACGUACAGAACAGUCAAGCAGCUGAUGAGUAUGAAGUGGUACGAUCAACAACUGUAGGAUACAAGAACGUACAGAACAGGCAAGUAGCUGAUGAGUAUGAAGAGAUGCCAUCAACAACUGUAGGAUACGAGAACGUACAGAAUAAGCAAGCAGCUGAUGGGUAUGAAGAGGUACAAUCAACAACUGUUGGAUACCUGAACUUACAAACUAAAUGGUUAGAUGAUGGCUACGAGAAAGUCCAUAUCAAGGAAACUACUCGGAUACAAGAUGUCGAAUAUCACUAGAUUCGCUUCAAAGAUUCUAGUCAUUGUUUGUUUUACUGAGCAGAAAUAGCACACUAGCGACGCCUUCCUUUUAAAAAAACAAUUUGAAAUGUUAAAAGUGUAUUUAUCGACAACCCAUAACCUUCGGCAUUAUAUACACGGCACAAUGAUUUUGAGUAUAAGCAAUUCAUUUCCGAGUGAUUUAAUAUUUUUUUCAAAUUACAAUGAAAUUAUAGGAAUAUUUUCACAAACAAAGCUCUUGGAUUCUGUUACCCUAUCUAAUUUAGUUUUGUGCAUAUUAUUUAUAUUUUGUGACUUUUGCACUAAAAACUUAAAAAUAUGAUUCAAUUUUCGAUUUUGCUAUCAACUUAUUGUUUUCAACUUUUGCUUUUGUAACACUGCAAAAUUUAAUUUUCGAUUCAUACAUUUAGAUAUUCGAAGUAAAAGUUUAUUAUAAUACAGAAUUUUUUCCUAUAGAAAAGUUUUCCUAUACGCAACUCAUUCGAAACUAGCCAUUACCUUAUUUAGUACGAUCAAAUCUACAAUGCAAUAACGCAAUACUUUUAAGUUUAUAUAUCAUUUGAAAUCAAACAAAAAUUUUAUAUUCAGAAAAAGACUUUUGUUUUUGCGUAACAUGAAUUAUUUAGUCGCACUUUUCACUUUCUUUAAUACUUCGAAACGAUGAUGUAUUUUAUUACUUUAUAACAAUAGUGUAAGAUAAUGUAGCUGUUUCAAGAUUUGUCUUCCCAUCAUAUCUAUUAGGAAUAUUCAAUAAAUGUUAGCUAGUGUUUUUGAUUAAUAAGCUAAUUUCACAAAAGCACUUUUGCGUUACAAUAGCACUAUCCAAUAAUAGUUUUAAAGUAAUUUAAGAUCUUGGGGUUUUGUUAUCAUUCGUUUAUUUUUCAAUUCCAAUUCGUUUAAAAUUUUCAAGUAGUUUAAACUUGUUCAAAUUGUAAUAUGACAAAAAUACAUUCAAUUUUUCGUUAAGAAAGUAGUUUCAAGUUUUUCAACUCAAAUUAGAAUUUGAAAUGUAGAAAAGUGAA